AUGGCUCUUAUGGAUUCAACUGUGAAUUUUUUUUAUAACAUCCUUCCCUAUGUGAUUUUUGACUAUGGCAUAGACACUCUCACGUUUCCUUGGCCGGAGCGCACGGUUCCUUACCGCCUCGACGAAAAUUUCUCCGUAAGAAUGCGUCAGACAAUCUACGACGCUAUGGACGAGAUCGAAAAAUACAGCUGCGUCAGGUUUGUGCACUACGACCCCGAAGCACACGGUAAGAAAGUCUUCUUGGACGUAGUUCCUUUGUCGGAGCGUUUAUGCUUUGCUAACAUCGGCUAUCACCCUAGGAAGAGCAGAAUCUUGGGCCUGCACCAAGAGGGCUGCAGUAGAAGGGGAGUAGUGAUUCACGAGUUCUUGCACGUGCUCGGCAUGCAGCACACGCACCAGCGCAAAGACAGGGACGAGCACGUGGAGGUCUACCGCAAAAACGUCGUCUCUAAUCGUCGGAACCAAUUCCACAAGACAUUUUCAGAGUACUACGGCCUCCCCUAUGACCUACAAUCCUUGAUGCACUAUGACAUGCGGGUUUUCGCUAAGGCAGGCGCCGGUCACACCAUGCGGGUUCGGGAGAUCAAGGACGCCUCCGGAGCCAGGACUACGCCUUUGAGCUAUGCAAAGAAGACUAGGAUGUCGUGUGGGGACAUCGCGUGGGUCAAUAGGGUCUAUGGAUGCCGCUGCCACUAUCUGGGCGAUGACUUGCCCGGCGCCAUGCCCUACGCGGACUGGCUCAAGAGCAAGAUGGGGAAAGAGAAGUACGACAUGCUGGAUUAUCUCGUUCCCAACAAAUCCAACUGCCGGGGGUCGCGUAAAGAGUGA